AUUUUCCAAUCUGAGUAUCCAACUUCACAAAAAAGGAAAAAAAGAAAAGUGCUGUUUGAGUUUCUUGUACUCAACAGACAAACCUCAAAAAGCCUCCAUCUUCAACCUCCUGAUCCCCUCAACUACAGCUUUGAUCCAUUUCCAUGGAAGAAACUCAAGUUCUCAAGUGUUGUUCUAGCUUCACAAUCAUCCUAAUAAUGAUCAGUCUCGGGUUUUUUCACGGCACGAAUUCAGAAACUUAUACAGUAGGUGAUGAAGAAGAAUGGGACACAGGGAUAAACUAUCUAACAUGGUCUGAGAGAUACAAUUUCAGCAUGGGCGAUGUUCUUGUUUUCAAGUAUGUAGCUGUGCAGCAUAACGCGUAUGAAGUGACCGAGGCGACCUAUAAAUCGUGCGAUGCAAGCACUGGGGUCUUGGCCAAGUAUGAGAGUGGAGAUGAUCAGGUGCCACUCACAGAAGAGAAGCAGUACUGGUUCAUCUGCACCAUUGCUGGGCAUUGCCUUGGGGGGAUGAGGUUCACCAUCGACGUCAAAGCAGCGAGUACUAAUACCACAAAGGGUGGAUCACCUCCAGAAAUGGAGCCAAGUCCUCCACCAACCAGCCCUGAUAAAGAUUUUGCCUCCAGACCACAAGGCAUGGGAAGUUAUUGUCUUGUUGCAUUUGGGGUUAUUGUAAUACUUCAAAUUGUUAGUUAAUUCAUCAAGGCCAAGUAUAUUUUGAGGAUUUA